GUCAUUAGCGUCUCUUCUUCUAAAUAUGUUUGGUAGGUUCUAUCGUCUGUUUUUUGAAGCCAAAUGCUUGCCAGGAAAUAGAACUCGGUAUCCGCUACCUCUUCAAUUAAGCUGAAAUGAACGAAAAACUGGUAAAAAAAUAGACCAUAUCUUCUGAAAUCGCCUGUAUUGUCUCUGAAUAGAGAGUCUUGUUGGUGGAAUAUGGAAAAUACACCACCAGAAAAACCCAUAAGAAAGGUAACCAAGGGUUCCAUCAAGAGCAAAUAUGAUGUCUAUUCAAGAGCUGCCUCUGCAACAUUCUCAGUGAAUGUUGGAGAUCUGAAAUUGAAGACCACGUGCACUGAUGCCACCUUUGUCAAAGGUCCCUGCUUGAAUGGUAUUGUUCUGGGCGUGGAGAAGCCUGGCUUCUUUAUGAUGGAUUAUGAUCUGCCCCAAAAGGCUGCAAAUUUCCAAUUCAUGAGCUCUGCAAAAAUUUCAGGAAAACAAUUGAAAUUGACAUACAUACAUGCUCAAAAGGCCAACAGGACCAUGUUGGAUGGCAGUUUGGUAUUUGAUCCAUCUAACAAGCUCUCAGCUAACUAUAGUUUCAUGGCUGGGAGUGGGCAGCUGAAAUACUCUUAUAUUCAUCAAGGAGACAGGACAUUUGAGCCAGCCUAUGAUUUUAAAACCAAUUCUUGGAAUUUUUCGAUGUCCCAGAAGGUCUAUGGAGCUGAUACUCUUAAGACUUCAUAUGAUACUUUUAACAAGCGGCUUGGGUUGGAAUGGACUAGAGAAUCAAAAGAUGCAGGUUCUUUUAAGGUUUCAGCAUCAGUGAAUAUCGACGCAUUGAAUAAAUCACCAAAGUUAAUUGCAGAGAGGACGUGGAAUAUUGAAAUUUGAUAUAUCAUAAUCACAGCAUCCUGCUGCUGAAUUGUAUGUGUUUUAGGAUACUGUUCACUGCCGCAUGUCUUUUGCUGUUGGUAUGUUUUUAAACAAUUUUCCUCCCCAACAUUCAAAAUGUGCUGUUGAGAUACCAUUUCUUGAAUAAGGCUCAUUCUUUCUUGAGAUUGAUUUGAUGAUUGGGAUGGAAGCAUGGCUUCCAAAUUGGGUCCCUCUGAUUGAUGAAUUGUAUUGGUCAGAAGUUAUAGCUUCUUUAACUAAAAUACAUUGAGAAUAUUUGAAUAUCCAUAGCCAAAAUGUCAUAACUUAAUGGCACUAGUGUUCUGCCAAUUUAAAAGUAUUUGAAUAAAUUCUUAAAUUAAGCA